GAACAGUCGGAUUGGCCGCACGCCUCGGUUCGAGACGCACCUCUCCUCCGAAGGGCCCUUCUGACUGGCAGGGGGAGAAAGUAAACAGAGUUGAAUCACCCUCCCCGCUGGCCAAUGGGAGGGGGUUUGGAUUGUGACGUGAUGGGAUUCUGCGAAAUUGUUACUGAGCAAGAGAAUGCCGGAACGGUGCGGAGCGGCCGGAGCCGGGGCUCAGACGCCGUCCCUGGGCUGGGGGAAGAGUGUCUCCUAGAGCCGGCGCCCGGCGCGGCCCUCGCCACCCGCGUCGGCGUGGUGGGCUGAGGGUGCGGGGCCUUGGGCUCGACGGAGAGGCGGCCGAGGGCGUGUGCCGCUGCUGCAGCUUCCCCUCCCGGCGCCUCGGGGGGCGCCUGCGGUCGGAUCAACUUGCGACCGCCACGUGUGGCAUCUUUCCAAGGGAGCCCCGGCGCGCCCCGUCGGGGGGGACCGCGCCCGGCGCGGCGGAGGAGCCCGGGGCGGUGGAUGCUGCGUGCGGAGGCGCUGCCGGUUACGUAAAGAUGAGGGGCUGAGGUCGGCUCGGCGCUCCUGCGAGUCGGAAGCGCCCCGCGCCCCCGCCCCCUUGGCCGCCGCGCCGCGCCGCGCCGCGCUCGUCGUCCGAGGCCAGGGGCAGGGCGAGCCGAAGCUCCGCAGCCACCGCCAAGUUUGGCCCGCGCCGCCGGGGCUGUGCCGUCGCCCGCACCAUGUCCGCGGCCGCCUACAUGGACUUCGUGGCUGCCCAGUGUCUGGUUUCCAUUUCGAACCGCGCUGCGGUGCCGGAGCACGGGGGCGCUCCGGACGCCGAGCGGCUGCGACUACCUGAGCGGGAGGUGACCAAGGAGCACGGUGACCCGGGGGACACCUGGAAGGAUUACUGCACGCUGGUCACCAUCGCCAAGAGCUUGUUGGACCUGAACAAGUACCGGCCCAUGCAGACCCCCUCGGUGUGCAGCGACAGUCUGGAGAGCCCCGAUGAGGAUUUGGGCUCCGAGAGCGACGUGACCACCGAAUCUGGGUCGAGUCCUUCCCACAGCCCCGAGGAGAGACAGGAACCUGGCAGCGCGCCCAGCCCGCUCUCCCUCCUCCACGCCGGAGUGGCUGCGAAGGGGAAACACGCCUCCGAAAAGAGGCACAAGUGCCCCUACAGCGGCUGUGGGAAAGUCUACGGAAAAUCCUCCCAUCUCAAAGCCCAUUACCGAGUGCACACAGGUGAGCGGCCCUUCCCCUGCACGUGGCCAGACUGCCUUAAAAAGUUCUCGCGCUCGGACGAGCUGACCCGCCACUACCGGACGCACACGGGCGAGAAGCAGUUCCGCUGCCCGCUGUGCGAGAAGCGCUUCAUGCGCAGCGACCACCUCACCAAGCACGCCCGGCGCCACACCGAGUUCCACCCCAGCAUGAUCAAGCGGUCGAAAAAGGCGCUGGCCAAUGCUUUGUGAGGCGCUCCCCUGCCCGCCAGCCCCGCGGCAGCCAGGGAGGGACGGACGGACGGCCCCUGCCCCAAGAGGACACAGCUACUCCCCGGAGACCCACGGACCUGUGGCAACCAAGCCCUUCCUCCCCACCACCACCACCACCACCACCACGAGGCUCACUGGCCGCCCAGGAAGCCGCGCGUCCCCGACUGCCUCCUCCCUGCGUGGUUUCUCAAAAGCACACUGUAGCCCGAGAUCAGCGUCAGCGCUGGGUCCCCUCGCAGAGGCAGCUCUCAGCGCCCGUCUCUGACUGCGGGAGGGAGGGCAAACGCGGCCGGCCUCGGUGUUUUCUCCUUUCCUGUCCCCCCCUGCCCGGGGCGGGGUUGGGGAGGGGCGAGGCCACACCGGUGUACAUAACUUCGGACUGGGUGCGCUCAGCGGCGACACCACGCGCGCACGGUGACCUGGGGCCCUUUUUGCUUGCUGUCUCUCGGAAGUGUUUUUGUUACCUUUUAAAUGUCAUGACGAGUGUGCUUCAGUUUGUUUAUUAGCAAAACCACUCUUGAAUCACGUGAACUGUGGAGAUUUCAGAAACAAACACGCAACCACACCACACGCCAUAGCACAGCUGUCCUUAUGCGAGCAGGAGCGCAUCUGCUGCAGCAUGCUCUGUCAUCCUGAGACUUGAACACAGCAUCACUUAGGUCGCCGCGGGGGAGCAGAGCCGGGGUUUGUACCGCUCAAGGCAGACCUGGGCCGGGCCGCACCAAGUCCGGGACUUUGAACCCUUGCUUUGUAGGACUUGGACUUCCCCAGCGUAAGCUGCACUUUUAUUUCUUAAUGCAGAGGAUGAAUACGUUAAAUACAUGCUUUGAAGAUAGAAGCAGGCUUUCUGUUUGGCACCACGUUAUAAUCUGCGUCUUUUACAGUAUACACGUUUCCCUAAGACAUCCUGGCAGAGAUGUGAGGGCAGAUUCAAGACAACGGGCGCUAAAGGAGAAGGAGGGGUAGUGUUUUAAGAACUACAAAAAAAAAAAAAGAAGAAGAAGAAGAAAAAAAGAAAGCAUUUUAACUCUAUUAACUUUUCCAAAUUUUCCUGUCCUUUUGGUUAGCAUCAUCUUAGUGUACCAUGAUGUCACUAAGAGAGAGGGCUUUUGCCUCUGUUGGGUGCUACUGGAAUGGGUGUGAAACAGCCACUAGCUCUGGGAACACCGAUUGUUUGGGGAAAAGGCUUGUUGGUUUCUUUCCUGUGGUCCGACAAAAAUGCCACUUCCAGGGGCGAGAGCAGUGUCCAAGGAGAGGGAGCUGACACAGGGAGAGAGAAGGAAACUCCCUAGGGAGAAAGCACCCAGGGAAACUUAUCUUGGUGACUCUGCAACAGAGUCCCUCUUGGAGAAGGCAGGCAAAUGGAAUGCACAAGAGUGGAGUCACACGGCUGUGUCUGUUACACCGGUAGCCUCACCACUGUCUCUCUUGCAUCUAGGUGUCUACCAUGGCCUAAAACCACUACAUCCUACAUGCCAUUUACCCGAAAACCUAAUUCUGGCCUUUAGAGUGGUCAGAACAGCGAACUGAGUUUUCAUAGCUAAAAACAAAAAGAAAAAAAAAAAAAAACCAACCUCCAGUGAAGGGAGUCAGCCGUGAUCAUGGGGAAAUGUUUACAUUUUUUUCGUCUUCAGAAGUCACGCUUUCUGACGAUGUCAUCUGAUAAUUACAUACAGGGAGCUCCGGUGCACUCUGGUUCUCCAUGUGCUGGCCCGCGUGUCGUGUCAGCGCAGGGCGCCUACCUACCAGUGAACUCAGCGUGCCGGCUGACACUCGCUCCUCUGACGCGCAGGGCCGCGGCUGACUCCGUUCAGCACAACAGCCAUCACGAGCACCGUGUUGUUGUUGCUUUCCUUUUUUUUUUUUUUUUUUUCUUUUUUUGGUUUUGUUUAACCAACGUAGUUGUAUUAGUAGUUCUAUAAAGAGAACUGCUUUUAACAUUAGGGACUGGGAGCAGUCCAUGGGCUAAAAAAGGAAAGUGUUUUCUCGUGAGAAAACAUGUCAGGAAAAAUAAAGAACACUUUCUACCUCUGUUUCAGAUUUUUGAAACGCUUGUUUUAAACCAAAUUUUAAUUUCUGUGUCCAAAAUCAGUUUUAAGGACAUCUGUUCUUCCAUACGAAAUAGGUUAGGCUGCCUAUUUCUUACUGAGCUCAAGGAAGGGUCUGCUUGGAACACUCUGGCUGCCUUUUAGUGAGUGAGGAGUUGGAGGUUGCCUAGCAACUUGCUAACUUGUAAAAAAACUCAACUUUCCCUCACAGAAAGCAACGCAGGAACUGAAGUCAGUGAAAGACAAUCUUUAUAGUAUACGGGAGUAAAUCGAAAUGGGGCUUUUGUCAAGCACUUCGAUGGAUAUAAUUGCAGCAACUUGUUUAAAAAAAUGCACAAUUUACUUCCCAAAAGAGUUGCUACUUGCCUUUUCAAGUUGUUGACAAACACACAUUUGAUAUUCUCUUCUAUGUUCUAGUAACGUAACAUGUAAACUCAAGGCUUUUUAUUCUUUGUGAUAAAUCCUGUUUUAAAACGUCACAAAACAGGAACCAGCAUUCUAAUUAGAUUUACUAUCAAGGUAUGGUUCAAAUAGGACUACGAGAGUUCGUUGAACACUAAAACUAUGAAAUAAUUACUUUUUAUAUUAAAAAGACCAUGGAUUUAACUUGUGAAAAUCCAAAUGCAGGAUAGUAAUUUUUGUUUACUUUUUUAACCAAACUGAAUUUUUGAAAGACUAUCGCAGGUGUUUAAAAGAGAGAAAAGCUGUUUUAUCUAAUACUGUAAGUAGUUGUCAUAUUCUGGAAAAUUUACUAGUUUUAGAGUUAAGAUAUCUCCUCUCCUGGGUUAGGGAUGAAGAAAGCUCUUACCAUUGUGGACUGAUGCCCUGGCUUUAAGGUCUAGCUCUACAUCAUGCUUCUUUUGAGAAUUAUAUUUGGUAGUUAUAAUUACAGAAACUGAUUAGUUUGUCAGUUUGCAGAUAGAUUUAGCACAGUACUCAUCACUCUGGAUAGAUUGAGAUGUUCUUUCAUCACGGAUGAAUGAUCUGUAACACUGUAAGAUACUGAUCUUUACAACUGUUUAAUCAGUUUUAUUUUUGUACAGUCUUAGUGACCUAAGUUAUUUUGCUGUCCCGUUUUUGUAAAUCAAAUGAAAUUAUCAAAGAGGAUUCUGACAGUAGGUAUUUUGUACAUAUGUAUAUAUGUUGUCCAAACAAAAAUAAUAAAUGGUAAAG